UCCAUCAAUGCGCUUGAGCUUCAUCUCCUCCACAAAUGCCUAAAUUUCACUGCAGCAUCACUUUCGAAAUAUCCCAAUUACCCAUCGUGUCUUCAUUAAACGAACCAGCCGUUCUCCCUUUGCGUGGAUAAUAGUAGCUCGAAUUGAUUCGAGCAAAACAAAUUUGUGAAAAAGAGGGAAUUUCACAAAUAAUGAUGCACAGUCUCAACUUUAAGGCGGUUAUGGAUCUCAACUCACUCUCGUUUCCGAGUAGGCUCAGUAGUUAUAGCAUUGUCAAAAAUUGCAAUUUGCGGCUGAUUCGUACCGUGGCUUGCUGUACAUCCGGUCAGAGUUCAGGUUCAGGCUCGGCUCAGGACUCCAAUCAGAGCUCGAUUUUCUCUCGAACCGAAACGUACGCCUUGCUGAAGCAGCAGUUGGAAGUAGCUGCCAAAUCUGAGGAUUACAAAGAAGCUGCUAGAAUUCGUGAUUCCUUGAAAUUAUUUGAGGAUGAGGAGCCAGUUUUGCGUCUCCGGAGAUUGUUAAAAGAGGCCAUUGCAGAGGAAAGAUUCGAGGAUGCAGCUAAUUAUCGUGAUGAGCUUAAGGAAAUUGCACCUCAUUUUCUCUUGAAGUGCUCAAGUGAUGCAACAACCUUGGGCAUCAGAGUUCAAGUUAGGAGUGUUUAUAUUGAAGGUCGAAGCCAGCCUUCCAAAGAUCUUUAUUUUUUCGCUUAUAGGAUUAGAAUAACAAAUAAUUCAGAUCACGCUGUACAACUUCUUAGAAGGCAUUGGAUUAUAACUGAUGCCAACGGAAAAACUGAGAGUGUCCAUGGUGUCGGAGUGAUAGGUGAACAACCCGUUAUACUUCCCAACACUAGUUUCGAGUAUUCAUCUGCUUGUCCAUUGAGUACGCCCAGUGGAAGAAUGGAGGGUGACUAUGAGAUGAAGCAUAUCGAUAAAUUAAAUGCUCGAACAUUCAACGUGGUAAUUGCCCCCUUUUCUCUUUCAAUAUUUGGAGAUGGUGUUGAUAAUAUUUGAGAGGCUACCUAAGUCACACGAGACCAGUAUAUAUUACUGAAUUUUGAUAUUGUUUGAUUUUGUAUGUGGUAGCUAUCAGUGGAAAUCAAAUGUAGUGUAUAGAGGCAUGCCUAUUUUAUUAGUAGUUUGUAAAAUAAAUUAUGAGCCUCUAUCUCUACAUAGAUAAGUGUUACUAAAUUCAGAAAACAUAGCUUCCUAUUGGGUAGCAUUCGUGAAAUUCUCGUCCUGAACUUGGCAUUGUGCUGUUCUGCAUUGUAUUUAGUGUAUAUGUUUUGCCUGUGA